AUGAACAUCAUAUCUUCCCUGGCGACGUUCGUCAAAAACAUGUAUAAUGCAGGUUUGAAUCAACGUAACUUAGUAACGCUACCGUUCAACUUCAUGCUUAACUUCGCGCCAGUAUUUAUUUGGCUGUCUAUAUUUAAGCACGCUGGUCUGAUACCCAUUGAGAUCAGACCUAACAUUCAUAGCAAGUUCGCCUUUUUCGCCGAUCAAUUUCUCUUUGGAGACUACUGGCACGAACUUACUGUUCAAUUGCCCGAUAACACUUACAAGCUGUUUUUUUGGUCUUUCGUAUCAUCUUUUGCAUUUCUUUUAGUAUUUUUGAUAUGCCUUCCUUUAGCUAUCUGGUACUAUAUUUACUACGUUAAGCACGUUAACUAUAAUUUGUUAGAGUGGUUUGCGAAUAUUUUUCAUUAUCCCCGUCAGCGCAAUCAACGGCCGAUCCAUAAGAAGUUUCGGACAAUUUUCAUACCAUUUGCCCUGCCUCUGUUUACAUUCGUUGUACUCAAUAUAGAUCAUUUUUUCGCCUACCAAUCAGACGCAAAUUUUACUAAAACGAAAGAUCUUCUGGCUUGGUUCUCUUAUGUCAUUUUACAUUUGACGGCCCCCAUUCUAACCGCGGUGUAUUUAUACGUCUUCCAACCGCCGGGAACUCUGAAAUGCUUUGGUUUUGCCCUAGGAUUACAAAAUAUAGCGGGCGUCUUUACCCAUCUGUUCAUCCCAAUGGCAUCGCCAUGGUUCACUCAUUUAUAUGGCAUUAAUGACACCGAACAUGUCAACUACACCCAGGAAGGGUUUGCUGCCGGCUUGACGAGAGUGGAUAGCCAUUUGGGUACUCAUCUGAACACGAAGGGAUUCCAUAUGUCUCCUAUUGUUUUUGGUGCUGUUCCUUCACUGCACUCCGCCAUCGCAUUUCAAUGCUUCCUGUUCUUAAUUUCAAGAUCCACUAGCUUAAAGCAUAGAUUUGCCAGCAGAGAAAACUCAACAAUGAACAGUAAUGAUUUUUCCACCUUCAAACUGAGCGAAGAGGAUAGCGAAGAUGACGCCGACAACAACGGAGUAUCCAUGAUGGGUCCAAACGACCUAGAAAUGGAACCAUUAAGUUCUGUUGAGCCCGUAGAUCUUUUAAAUGAACGGUCCUCCUCCCCUUCCUCUUCGUUGACUGUAUCCAGCAAUGAAAGAAGCGCCAGCAAUAGUAGCAGAGACGUUACCAACAACAACAGAAAUAAGAAACCACUCCAGUUUAUCCGUUUAUAUCAUGAAGAUAUGGAUUUUACAAAUAAAUGGGUUUUUAAAAUAGUCAACGAUGGGUUUGUGCCAAAAUUCUGGGCCAUCUUAUAUAUAAUUUUACAAUGGUGGGCCACCAUGUACCUGGACCACCAUUAUAGAUUUGACCUUUUCGUUGGUGUUUUAUAUGCAGUGGGAAGUUUCAUCAUUAUAAACUGGUUUGUCUUACAACCAAAAGUUUUGAAGAACUGGAUUCAUUUAAGGUUGGGUGAUAAAGUGGACACAAGAAACGAAGCUCGUACUUUUGGCAUGAGAGUAUUUUGUGGUACCAAGAUGGAGUGGUUUUUUGAUCCAUUAGCAUAG